AAAUUCAUUUAGAUUGAAACAUUCAUUGUGUUAACUAUGAUUUAUUUUUUUUCUACUUUAAAUCGUGAAAAUGAACAAUCACCUAGUUAUUUUUAUUAUUAGUGUAUUAACAUUGUUCCUUGAAUCUCAAUGUGACAAUUUAACUCGAUCACAAUCAGCAAAUUCCACCGAGAAUUUGGAUUGGAGAUGUGAAGAGUUGGACUUUUGUGAUGACAAGACAGGCUUUGAAGCCAUUAAAUGGCUUCAUCAUCAAUUAGAUGAUGAUGCUAAUGGUAAUGUUGAUAUUACCGAAAGUGAUGAAUUUUUAAGAGAUGAAUUACAUUAUGAGAAUGCCAAUGAUCGUCAUAGAAAUUUUCACGGUAAUGAUAAACACAUUUCGGUUGAUGAAUUAUGGAGAUCAUGGAGAGUCUCAGAGGUUCAUAAUUGGACAGUCGAUGAAACUCUUGACUGGUUAAGUACAUCAUUAGAGUUACCUCAGUAUGUGGAUAUAUUUUUAAAUCACAAGGUUGAUGGAACCACAUUACCCCGAUUGGCUAAUCAUCAGUUUAUCAGUGCUAUUGGAAUUAAAGAUCCAAUUCAUCGGCAGAAAAUUUCACUCAAAGCAAUGGAUGUGGUACUUUUUGGUCCUCCCAAGAUGCACAAUUACGUUAAGGAUAUUAUUCUUGUGAUUAGUUGUAUAAUUGCAAUCGGUGGUCUUUGGCAUGGGGUGAUUACUAAUCGAUACUCACGGAAACAUUUACAGAAAAUGUUGAAAGACAUGGAUUCAUUGCAAAAGGCUGAGGAACAGUUACAAGAAUUACAAAAAGAACUGGACAAUGCUAAAGAAGAGCAAAGAAUAGCCACCAUGGAGAAAGCUCAUCUACAAGAAAUUCUGGCCAGUGAAAUGGAUAAUCGAAAUUUACAAUUACUUCGAGAAGGAUCAAUUUCCAAUAUCGAUGAUAUAAAUCGUGUCCAAGAAUUGGCUGAGGAAUUAAAAAUUGCCAAAGAGCAAUUAACUCGAGCUGAAACAGCUCUAAUGAACAAAUCUUGGGCUCCACCGCAUAAAUUACAAUUAUGGUUACAAUAUACCCACGAACUUGAACUUCGCCAUUACAAUUCAAAAAGACAAGCAGCCGAAAGUCAAUUAAAAGCUGCCAGAGAAGGGUGUGAGAAAUUAAAAAGGAAACGAUCAAGCUUUCUAGGAUCUUUCAAAGUAGCCCAUGGUUCCUCAAUAGAUGAUGUCGAUAAUCGUAUUCACGUGGCAAAAGCCGCUCUCUCCGAAGUAACAAGAGAUCUGAGAGAGAGAUUAUUUAGAUGGCAACAAAUUGAAGAUUUAUGUGGUUUCCCAAUCGUUGAAAAUCGUGGCAUCCUCCAUAUACAGACAGAACUGUAUUCAUGUUAUCCAUCACCAUCAACAGCCUCAUUAGGCUCACCAAGUACUACAACAUCGGAAGCACCUUCAUUAACCCGCAAUAACAGUGACAAUACAAUCCAAGAACUUGAUAACGAUACGUUUGAUCUAACGAAAAAUUCACAAUUAAAUCGUAGUGUCACACUACGUGGUAAAAGCCAAUCAUCGGAUGUCGCUUCGUUGGUCUCAUUAUCAUCUCAAGUAGCAGCAUCAUCGACAACUCAACUGGUUCAACGAAAUCAAAUUCAAAAUGGAUCAGUUCACAUAUAUAAUGGUGGAAAUGAUGAAAAUCAUUCAUCAAGUUCAAGUAACAAUGGUGAAGAUGAGGAAUCAAAACAAAUUAAUCACAUUAGACCAACAUUCGUCCUUGGUGAUUGUCCAACUAUUCCUGAGAAUAGUUUAUACAAUAAUUCAAGCAAAGGAGGAGGACGAAUUGGUAAUUUUAGUGAGAGAAGACGAAAAGAAAGUGUUUUCAGUAAUAGUAAUCAAGAAUUAUCUAAUCAACCGUCGACAAUUAACUUAAAUGGUCAAAAUAAUAAUUCCGCUUAUUUGAAACAUCGGACAUUCACUCGAAUCGCGAGUUUGGAUGAGUUUGUUAAUCUUGGUGACAUUGAUUCAGUUAGAGGAUUAACAGAAUCACCGCCAUCCUCAUCACCUCAACCACCUAAUACAACCAUUAAUAACAACAAUCAAGCAUCUACAUUGGGUGAAUUAACAUCAAGUAGUAACAAUUUAGAGGAGAAAGGUUAUUCAUCUGGAAGUGAAACACCACCAAUUAAGAAAAAAUCGUCAGGAUCAUCAAAAGGAAUGAAAUUUUUUAGUAAAUUGCGUAAAAGAAAAUCUUUACCAGAGAAAGAAUUUACUAAUUUAGUUCAAGCUAAUUUACAUAUAGAUUAAUUAUAUUCUAAAACAAAAGUCAUUGUAAUCAUCAUCUUCAUCGAUUGCUCUCUCAGUCCAAUCCCAGGUCAUUUUACUCUCUCUCUCUCUCUCUCUCUCUCUUGAUUAAAUCACUUCCAACAAUUAACCUUAGCAUUCCGAGCUGAGAAAGUUAAUCUAACUUAAUCUUUUUUUUUUGAUCUUGAUUCACAAUCAACAAUUAACUCUGUCUCUCCCUCUCUCAUAAUGUAUUAUUAUCAUUACUAUUAUUUAAUUGAGUUUUAAUCAAUUUAAUAAUAUAAUUUAUAUAUCUGAAAACUCAAUUCUAAUAAUUUUAGAGCAAUAAUUAAUUAAUUAAUGAAUUACUUUUGAGAAACAAAUAGAAAGAUCAAUCAAAUACCAUGAAAUACCCAAAGAUGGUUUAAUUAAAUUGCUUCCAAGGUAAUUAAUUGUUACAACAUUCUCUUAAUUAACCUGAUUAAGACGAGGAGAAAGGGAAAACAAAAGAAACGAAAAGUAAAGUUUUCUGAUUGAAGAUGCAUUUAAAUUGCCAAACCCAAAUACUAAAAACUACCAAGCAAGUUUUGUUUUUAUCUGUGAUACAAUUACGACAAUUAACUAACAAUUUACUGCAAUCAACCAUUUGGCUACAAUAUUUACCAAUUAAUUGUCUCAAUUUGAUUUGUUUAACAACAACGAUGACUUUGAAACUUAAUCACGAACACCGAACAUCAAUUUAACAAUAGAAAUAACAAUGAAACAAUUAAGAGACUUCGAGAAAACAAAUUUUGUGAUUAAUUAACUUUAAUUAACAACAAUUGAUAUUCCUUUUCUUAUAUUCUCAAUUUAUCUCGUACCCCUUAGAACUGAUUUAACUAAUUACUGAUUUAAUCUAUUGAAAGUAUUGUCUUAUUAUCCAUGUGGAUAUAAAAUGAACUGAUCAUGAUUAGCAAAUCACCUUUAAAUUGUUGAUCAAAAUUCAUUUAAACAGAAAACUUUUAAAACUCUGUACUUUUAACUUGAUUUUACAAUUAAAAUUAAUUAUAUUAUUA